AUGAGGGCGAGAGAAGCCCCUCCCACCCCUGCGCUUGCGGCUGACGUUCAUCGGCGCGCGGCCAAGAGGCGACGCCGUGUGGCCGGCACGCCCUGUCGUAUUCCGUCCCUGCUUGCUGCGGGCUGUUCCGUUUCGAAGCCGGCGCUGCGGCCAUCUUGGGUGUCUCUGUGCCCAGGCGUCCGCCGGCUUCCGGGCCCCCCGCCGCCUGCCUCCGCUGAGGGGCAGCUUCUCCGCUCGUCUUGUGGCAGCCGCCGCCCGAGGGGUCCUCUCUAUGGUGACAGGGCUCUCGCCUGCCUGAGGCAGCUCCUUCCCGGCCCCUCCCGGGCUCCCCGUCUGCCCCUUCGCCAUGGACGCCGCCUCUCCGGCCACCGCCUGCGCUCAGCCUUCUGCACUUCGGCUCUCAGACCGCCGCCGUCACCGCCGCUUCCCCCCGUGGCGCCCCUGCCGUGCCGCGGAUCGUCAUCGGCCCGGAGCCCUGGCCCCGCCGCUCGGCCGGGCCGAGGUCGUGUAAGCGUCGGCCGCCGGCUCGUGCCCAGUCCCCGCCCCGCGACCCCGAGUGACCGCCCCGAGGAGACCAUGGAGCCCGGAGCCCGGGUGCCCCGAGAGCGGCCCGCGGCCGCCGCGGGUUCGUGGUUCCGGUUGCCCUUCUUCGCGCUUCCCUGCCGGACGCGGCAGGGCUCGAGUUCCCCUGGCCCGGCCUCCAGCGCCGGCGAGAAAAGCGGCGAGCCGAGGCGUCGGGCCUCCUGCGGCCCCCCGGCCGAAGCCCGGGUCCGAGCGUGGCUGUCGCUGCUGGCACAGCUCCUGGCGCCGCUGCCCUGCCUGCUGCAGAAGGUGCUGCUGUGGGGCCAGCUCCUGGGGGCCCUGAUCCCCAGCCGGUGGCUAGAGCUGGCCGCGCCGAAGAGGGCCCUGAGAGGAGGGGGCGACGCCGCCGCCGCCGCCCCCGCCGCGCAGAAGGCUUCCGGCUUCGACCGCCUCCCCGACGACCCCGCUGCCACCCCGCUGAUGUGGCUGGAGGAGGGCAUCCACUGGCAGUGCGGCCCCCAAGAUCUGCGCAUGGAGCUGGAGGGCAAGAGCAGCCCUUUGGGGCCUGCUGCGCGCUCCCUUCUACAGCAGCAGCUGUGGGGGGCCGAGCUGGUGCAGAGCCGCCUCCAAGCCCACCUGUUCCCAGACAGGGAGCUUUGCUCGUCGCCCGGCGGGGCUCUCAACAUUCAACACUUUAACAAUUUAAACGUGGUCUCUUACGUGCUGAACCCCAGCGGGCUGAACUGCCUGUCUCACGUGGAGCUCGCCUGUCAAAGCAGCUUUGAGAGUGCAGAGAUAGGCGACUUCCAGACACUAACUGUAGACAGCUGCUUUCUGACUGCUGACCAGAGUCACCAGCCCCAGCCCCUGAACGCAGAGAGUCCUGGAUCCUCCUGGCAGGGAUGUCCUCACAAAUCACCCCUCUCCAGAGAGGGUCUGCCAGAAAUCCACCACCUCCGAAUGAAACGCCUGGAGUUCUUGGCCAGCAAAGGCCAAACCCUGCCCACCCCUGAUCAGGAUCAUGGCUAUCACAGUCUGGAGGAGGAACACAACCUGCUUCGCAUUGACCUGAGAAAAGCCUUGAAAUCUGAGUGUUGUAGAGAUAGUCCUGUACAGUUUGUCCCCUCCGCACAGGCCUUUGUAGGAGGCAAAGAGGACCCAACAGAGGACAAAAUAGGGUUGUUGAUUAAAGAGAUUCCCUCUCUUUUGGAAAGUCAGGACUCUAAAGAAAACUGGCCUACUUGUGAUCUGGCUUUAGAGAGAGACAUUGUGGAUAAUCAGCGAAGUGUGGUUGACAGCUCAGAUAUAGAAGAUGACUUUCCUAUUUCUGCAAGACCAGCAUGUAGUAACAAAUUGAUAGAUUAUAUUUUAGGGGGUGCAUCCAGUGACCAGGAGACAAGUGCCGAGUCUGAGGGUGAGGAUUGGGAUGAGGAAGGUGAGGAUGAUGGUUUUGAUAGUGAUGGUUCUCUUUCAGAAUCAGACUCUGGCAAACAGAAUUCUGAAGGCCUUCACCUUUGGAAUUCUUUCUACAGUAUAGAUCCAUAUAACCCUCAAAACUUUACAGCGACAAUUCAGACUGCUGCUAGAACUAUGAGUGGAGACCAUAACGAUUCAGAGGAUAACUCUUCUGAAAAGUCUGAUGGAGAAGAUUCUUCCUGGACUGAAAGCCCACCUGGUUCUCCUGACCAUAGCUCUGGAGAUGAAGAUGAUUGGGAAUCUAGUGCAGAUGAAGCAGAGAACUUAAAACUCUGGAACUCUUUCAGUAACUCCGAUGACCCCUACAACCCUUUUAAUUUUAAAGCACCUUUUCAGACAGCAGGGAAAAAAGGGAAAGACAAAUGUGACUCCAACAGACGAACUGGGUCAACAGUAGCCAUCUCUCAGAGUGAUGUACAACUUAGUUGUAAGGUACAGCUGUUAGGGAGCCCAGAGACUGGAAUCACAGACAUUGUCCAGUAUGGGAUUCUUCCCAGAGAUAGACACACAUCUACCAGAAGAAAAAAGGUAACCUUUCUUGAAGAAGUUACUGAGUAUUACAUAAGUAGUGAUGAAGAUCGAAAAGGACCCUGGGAAGAAUUAGCAAGGGAUGGAUGUCGAUUCCAGAAACGAAUUCAAGAAACAGAAGAUGCUAUUGGAUACUGCUUGACAUUUGAGCACAGACAGAAAAUUUUUAACGAACUCCAGGAAACAUACUACAAAAGAUUUAAUGUUUUCUAGUGAUUGGAAGAUGUUGGCCCUUUUCCCCCACUAAUACACACUACCUCUUAACAUAAGAGGUGUCUUCCUCUUAAGAGCUGAAGUUGGCAGCUGCCCUUUAGUUUCUGAGAGGGAAUGAAAUUUGGAUGUGGUGCCCCCAACUUAAUGAUACCUGUGUGCAACAAACCUACUUUGAAGUGUGUGUCUGCUUUUAUUGUUGAAAUAAGACCUCUUAAUGAAAGCUAGGAGUGUGGGGUGUGUGGUAUUUUUUAAUUCUUAUUUUCUUGAAGAAACUAAUCCUAUUAUGUAAGUUGAAUGUGUUUUGAACAUCUUUUUUUGCUUUUGGGGAAGAAGAUGGGACCUAUUAAGUUGUAAUUUUGCACUUUUUAAACUUUGAAGGGAAACAAUAUUUAUAGGGUUUAAAGCCCACUAUCAAUUCUAAUUUAAAGUAUAUAUGCCUGUCUAAAGUCUUUGUGCUCUUUAUACUUUGCUUUUUCACUCCAACAAACAGAAAAUAGGAUCAUGUAUUUUCUGUUGUAUUUUUUCCCAUCUACUUAAAUAAUUACCCUCUUGCCUUAAGGCUAAGAAAUCAGUCUUGCUUAUACUACUACUAAAUUAAAAUAAAUUUAUCUCACACUUUGUAUUUGUUAAAGGAAAUAUUAGUGGUAAAUUUUAAUUUUAUUUCAGACAGAACCCUGGCUUCAGUGAUCAGAGUGGCCAGGAGUGACUGUAAAAAUACUAUUAGCCUAAUUUUGGAAAGCUUUAUCUUUGCCCGUAAAUUAUAACUUUUCACACAUGAAAAUUAUAGACAGUAAUAUGAACCCAGUCUCUGGAGAAAGGAUCUUUACAUUUUUCAUGUUUCUUCACUGUGUAUUAAGUUUUAAUUUUUAAAAGGCAGCAAUUGAUUGGCAUAAAACAUUAACAUCCAAAAUCUCUAAAAAGCAUUAGUAUCAUUGCACAAACUUGCUUUAUUUUUUAAACUUAAGCCUGACUGAAUUUUGCUGGGCAGAGGGUAAAAGAAUUCAUGGAGCAAUUUGGUUUGAUUGCUUAUCUUCUUAAAAAACAAAACAAAACAAGCAGUGUUAUUAAUACCAUGCCUCAGCACUGUCACUUUGAAAACUUGUCAGGGUAACACUGUGAACUUGGAAACUGGCAGUUUUGAAUUUUCCAAUUCCAAAUGUUGGAAUAUAGACUUCAGUCAUUCCAAGUUUGUGGCAGAGAAGUGGCAAAUAAAUUGGUAAAGCCCAACUCCUUUUGGAAAGGAUAGUACUGUAGACUAACAGCUGGACAACGUUAGUAAUGACUUCGCCCAAAGGUUACCUUUGUUUCUAUGCUGUGUAGCUAUGUUUGAGCUUGUUUUUCCUUUGCGGGUCUGUGCAUUUGUUUCGUUGAGGGAACAUUAACUGAAUAUUUAAAGGACAGUCUCAUUUUUUUACUCAUCCUUCUGUUACAGAUAAUGGAAGACAUGGGUAGGAGAAAAGAUCUCCAAAUCUAACUUGACUACAUGUCAGAGAGAAUAGAUCAGGAACUCGUGGAUUAGACAAUGCCUUGAAGGUUUACUACCUCAGCUUAUCCUCUACCUGGCCACUAUUCCAUUUAUAUCUAGUUUACUCUAAAAUCCACACUGAGUACAUUACCAUCAAGAUACUUAAACUUUUAGUAUUUAAGAAAGUCUUUAUUCUUUUUUUUUUCCUUUCAAAAUAGAUUUCCCUUAAAAUUUGGAAAGACUAAAACUGGUUCUAAGGUAAAUUUUAUGUACACCACACAGAUGAGUGCUUUUACUAAAGUAUUGACCAUACCUUGUAUGAUCUGCUAAAUAAUACCUUAAGCUAUUUUAAAUUACGAAUAACAUUUCACGACUUAGAAAAGCAUGCAUCAUUUGCCCUGUUUAAAUUUUUUGAUAAAGCGAAAUUCUUUUUGAAUUGAAAGAACAAUGUCUUUCUUCACAGAUGGUGCAGAUAAAUCCUUGUGUAAUUCUUGUGUACAUAGAAGCUAUGGAACAUCCACUUUGAUUAGACUUUAGAACAACAUUCAUUUGGAACCUUUUUAUAUUUAACCCCUCUGCCCCUGGGUUGGGGUGUUAGACAGGGAAAUGGACCACUACAACUGUGAAUAAACUUUUUUGUUAAGGAUUUUUCCCCAAAAAACCUGUUUUUUAAGUAUUGGGCUUGUGAGGAGAGGGAACCCAGUUAGUUUGACUGAAGAAAAUUUGAGUCCUGUCAAUUUCGUUCUAGCCAUAGUAUAAAUGUGGUGGUACUGUUCUAGUUAUAAAAACUUUAAAAUUGUAAUGGUGCUUUAAGUGGCAGUGUAGUAUGUGGGAGACUUUGUACAGAGAUGUGCUUGUUUCUGAGUGUUGAAAUAUUAUAAAGAGCACCUCUUCAUUUUCAUCUUUAAAUCAAAACUGUAACUAAUUAUCAGAUUUUAUUUUUAUAUAAUUUUGCAAAGUAAAGUUAGGAGACUGGCAAACCUCUAGAUUGGCUUUUGCAGACCCAGGCUGAUGUAAUGUAACUUGUUUGUUGGGGUUUUAUAUCUAAAAUUAUAUUUCAGUGUAUAAACUGUUCAAAACUAAUCUUGUAAAAAUUGUAAUAAAAAUAUUUGCAUUAA